UGGACGCGUGCGUGCAUAAGUGUCCAGAUUUUUCGGGCUCUCGAGUGUUUAUUUUUUCGUACAUUCCCCAUAAAUGCUGCUCGUUUCUCGUGCAACCCACAAUAUCCGAAUGAAAAUGCUCUGCUCCGAUCCGCCUUCCUCCGCCGAAAAAGUUGCCGGUAACGAGGAUCUCCUCACGGAAAUCCUGUUACGAUUGCCGCCGAAACCCCUUGUCCGAUUCCGAUCUGUCUCUAAAGAUUGGUGUUCUCUCAUUUCCAGUCCCCGAUUCUGUGACCGCCAUGUUCGUCUUAGUCCCACCCCCAAAAUUUCCGGUAUAUUCUUCCGCAAAUCAGCUGCAGAUUUUCAUUUCCUCUCGCUCAAUUCAGACAAUCUUUCGUCGAAUCCCUUCAUAUUCCUUGAUUUCGCUCAAGAUCCGGCGGGUAUUAGGAUUCUGCAGUCUUGCAAUGGCUUGCUCCUCUGCUCUAGUUUCUAUAAAAUUGGCUUCAUCCGGAAUUACUACGUUUACAAUCCUACCACUUACAGAUUCUCUACCAUCCCUCCAAUUAUCGGUGAUGUUUCCGCUGUUGUUUCCGGUUUUAAUUUGGCGUUUGAGCCUUCUAAAUCGCCAUAUUAUAAACUAAUUUGUGUUCGAAGGGCUGCGGGAUCAGGGCGCCAUCGUCAAAUCGAGACUUACUCGUCGGAGACUGGUGAUUGGAAGCUAUGUGGAUCUCCUUUCGUCGCGCCUUUCGAUAUGGUGUUCAACAACGGCGUCUUCUGUAAUGGUUCAAUUCACUGGAUAAGCCCCAGUGGGAGUCCCAUGUAUUUUGAUGUUUCAAAUGAACGGACUGGGAUGUUGCCGACUGUUCCAGUCGUUCAGCAACAGGGUACCAGACGGUUUCGGUAUUUCGGGGAGUCAGGCGGUCACUUGCAUCUGAUUGAAAUCUAUGGUGCUCGUGCAACCCAGUUCAAAGUUCUGGAAAUGGAGAAGGAUUACUCCAAAUGGGUGGCCAGGUACCAGAUUGAUCUUAAUUCCCUUGUUUCUGCAUAUCCAGAAAUGGUGCAGAACUAUCUUGACCCUCAUGAUUCCUGUUACUAUGCAUUCAUCAUCCUUUUCCUCAUUAGAGAAGAAAAGGAAGAGGAUUCUUCACUGUUGCUCCAUAUUCCAGACAAGAUCAUAUCCUAUAACAUAAGAAAGAAGACAUUCCGGGAACUCUGCCAUUUAUCUGGAAACAGCAGCGUAAAUGGCAAGGGGAGGCACUCAAUGCAAUUUGGUUGGCUCGAUGCUUACCAAUAUUUUGAGAGUCUUGCUUGUCCUUGAACUUUGAGAAUGUAAUUCACUCCCGUGAUGAUUAUUUUAUUUCGGAUUUGUGUUUCCGUUUCAUCUUUAAUCAAUUGUUGGUGUGUUCAUAUUAGGUUAUGAAUUUUUCUAUUCUGUGUACCAUCAAUGUUCAUAUUAAAUUCAACUUGGCCUUUAGGAUAAGUGGUUCUAACCACGUUUGUAAGGUU